AUGCAUCCUGCUACUAAACCUGAAGAUUCAAGUCAUCGUGUCCCAAUCGGCAUAAAUAUUUUGACAGGUGGUUUAGCAGGAUGUGUUGCAAAGACAGCAAUUGCUCCACUCGACAGAGCCAAGAUAAACUUUCAGUCUACUCGAAUGCCGUUUAAUGUUCGGAGUCUUAUUCAGUUUCUCAAAAACACUUACCAAGAACAAGGUUUCAUGUGCUUAUGGCGUGGUCACACUGCAACUCUUGCCAGAAUUUUUCCUUAUUCUGCUAUUCAGUACUCUGCUCAUGAUCAUUACAAACAUUUACUUGGGAUUGGUUCAACUAGCCAUUCAGAUAUUUCGUAUAUACGUUUACGACGAUUUCUUGCUGGUGUUGGAGCUGGGACAACAUCGGUUACCUGUACAUACCCACUUGAUGUUGCUAGAGCACGUAUGGCAGUUACAACUGCUUCCAAAUAUUCUAGUCUUUUUCAUGCUAUACGAGCUCUUUAUACAGAAGAAGGAUUAAGUGCAUUGUAUCGUGGUUUUUCCCCUGCUCUCCUCGGUAUUAUCCCAUAUGCUGGGACAGCUUUCUUUACGUUUGAAACACUGAAAGAAACUUGUUUAGACAGAAACAAAGAUCCCAUCACUGGUAAACGGCCUAAAAAACUGUAUCCAUUUGAAAAUUUAUGUUGUGGUGCAGUGGCUGGAAUUUUAGGACAAACUGCUUCUUAUCCACUAGAUAUUGUUAGACGAAGAAUGCAAACUGCUAAUAUUACAGGUCAUCCAGAAUACAUAGAAAGUGUAUAUAAAACAUUACGAUAUGUAUAUAAAGAUGAAGGUUUUAUUCAUGGAUUAUAUAAAGGUUUAUCAGUGAAUUGGAUUAAAGGGCCAGUAGCUUCAGGUAUUAGUUUCACUGUUUAUCAUCAAUUUCAACAUUUACUUCAUCAAUGGAUAUUAAUUGAUGAAUAA